UACACACAGUCCCAUAGACGUUGCUUCAACACGCUCUCUCUCUCUCUCUCUCUCUCUGGCCUUCAACGGCUUUCUUGUCUGCAUCAAUGUUAAAACCCUAGAGUUUUUUCUCUGGAAAAUGAUUUGCCUAGCAAAUUCUCAAUUGUGAAUAGCAGAUUCACCCAAAAAUCUCACUUGUAAAACGGUAAAUAAAGAAAAUCUUUAGUGAACUGAUAACUCCGAGACCGCAAUGGCAGAGGUCGAUCUAUCGAAGAAAGUGGCCGAUAGAUAUCUGAAGCGCGAGGUCCUCGGUGAAGGUACCUACGGAGUCGUCUACAAAGCCAUUGAUACUCAGACAGGACAGACAGUUGCUAUUAAAAAAAUUCGGCUUGGGAAGCAAAAGGAAGGGGUGAAUUUUACAGCACUUAGAGAAAUUAAACUGCUAAAAGAGCUGAAGGAUCCAAAUAUAAUUGAGUUGAUUGAUGCAUUCCCCCAUAAAGGAAACUUGCAUCUAGUAUUUGAGUUCAUGGAGACAGACCUUGAAGCUGUUAUACGUGACCGAAAUAUAUUCCUAUCACCAGCUGACAUAAAGUCAUAUCUUCAGAUGACUUUAAAAGGACUUGCUUUUUGCCACAAGAAAUGGGUUUUACACAGGGAUAUGAAGCCUAACAACUUGUUGAUAGGACCUAACGGACAGCUUAAACUUGCAGAUUUUGGUUUAGCACGAGUAUUUGGGAGCCCAGAUCGCAGGUUCACUCAUCAGGUCUUUGCUCGAUGGUAUAGAGCACCUGAGCUGUUGUUUGGCACCAAGCAAUAUGGGUCUGGGGUGGAUGUUUGGGCUGCAGCUUGUAUAUUCGCUGAACUUCUCCUACGCAGACCAUUUUUGCAGGGAUCAAGUGAUAUUGAUCAACUAGGUAAAAUUUUUGCGGCUUUUGGGACUCCAACGCCUUCUCAAUGGCCUGAUAUGGUAUUUCUUCCUGAUUAUGUGGAAUACCAAUAUGUUCCAGCACCCCCUUUGCGGUCAUUGUUUCCAGUGGCUAGUGAUGAUGCCCUGGAUUUGUUAGCGAAGAUGUUUACUUAUGAUCCAAAAGUUAGGAUAUCCGUGCAGCAGGCAUUAGAGCACAGGUACUUUACAUCUGCGCCUUUGCCUACUUAUCCAGAUAAACUUCCUAGACCUGCUCCAAAGCGAGAAUCUGUCAAUUCUAAGGUUUCAGAUUUUAAUCCAAAUGAUGGUCCUACUGUGUUAUCACCUCCACGAAAGUCAAGGAGAGUGAUGCCAGAUCGUGAGGGUUUUGAAGGAAAUGCAUACCAAGGUGAUAGGAUUGAUGAUCGUGUUGGUGAAACCAGACAGGCUGCUGGUGAAAAUACAAGCAGGAAUGAACCGGUGCCGAUGUCAGUAGAUUUUUCUAUCUUUGGAGCAAAACCUCCAAAUAGACCUACAAUUACUAGUGCUGACAGAACGCAUCUAAAGAGGAAACUAGAUCUUGAAUUCCAACAGCCUGAAUAAGCACAUUUGAUAUACGGAAUCAUAUAUAUUAUUUGUUUGAGAGGUGUAAGAUUGAUGUUCCCACACUAAUGAGGGAGGAGACAGUAUUCAGUGAAGUCGAAGAGAAACACGAUGCAGAAUUAUGUUUGGGGGCUUAAAAAUAAUUGUGAUAAACAGAUCAUUUGUACCGUGGCCCAUGUAAGGCUAAAUUUUGAGGGCUCUUCGUGUUGUCAUUUUUUUUUUUUUUUUUUUUUUGUGCGUAUUUCGUUCUUUCACUUUUUCUUCUAUGAUUUUAUUGUUUAGCUGAUGGCUGAGAGUAGUCUAAUUGUUCAGGGUAAUUACUAAUUAAGUCACCAACAUUUAUUCUGUUAUUGAACUAUAUACCUUGUAUUUUUUAAGACGAGAGACUCAAAUGCACUGGAACCAGGUUGUCGUUUU